AUGGCUCGUUGGGUUAUACUUGUACUAUCCUCACAGAACAGAAACCCCCCGAAAUCCCUAAUUCUUCUGAAAAUGUCAGACUACUUACCUCAACAAGUGGUAGUUGAAAUUCUAGUGAGGUUGCCCGUGAAAUCUUUGAUAAAAUGCAUCACUGUGUGCAAGUCAUGGAGGUCUCUGGUUGAAAGCUCUGCCUUCACGGACACCCACCUGAGCCGCCAAAACGACAACACUAACCUCCUUCUGCUCAAGGUUGGAACCAGGGAUUGUGAUCUUUGCUUGCUACAUAACCCGGAAACUGGUGAGUCUAACAAUCUUAUUCAAUCAACCCAAACAAGUCGACUCGAGUUUGAUGUGCAUGGCACUUGUAAUGGCCUCAUAUGCUUGUCUUCACAAUCACAUGAUUCACAUCUUCCCUACUUUGCAAUCAUUUGGAACCCAUCUAUUCGAAGGUUUGUGUUUUUGCCUAGGCCUAGGGUUGUUGACUAUGAGAAUGUGGAACAAUUCCAUGCCUUUGGCUUUGAUAUGCCCACAAAUGACUAUAAGGUUUUGAGAAUUAUGAGUUAUCUGGACCGUUCUGAUGUUCCUCCAAAUACCCCAUAUGAGGUUGAGGUUUACUCGUUAGCCAGGGGCAGUUGGAAGAGUCUUAGUGCUGUUGUUGUUCCCAAAGAUUAUAAUCAUUAUCUGGAAUUUCGAGAUGGUGUUUUGCUGAAUGGCUCUCUUCAUUGGUUUCAACUUGGUAACAAUAGGGACAACUUCAUUGUGACUUUUGAUAUGUACAAUGAAAUAUUCUGUGAGAUGGUUGUGCCCGAUGCUAUAAAAACAGGGCUACACAUUCUAUGUAUGACACGAUAUGGGGAGUCUCUUGCCAUUGUUGAUAUGGCUGAAUUAGAUGGGUUUGAAGCUACAUUUCAUGUUUGGGUGAUGAAUAAGUAUGGUGUGAUAGACUCGUGGAAUGUGUUAUACUCUGUACGGCUGAGAGGGUUGCCUUAUGAUACUCUAAGACCUUUUGGUCUUACAAGGAAUGGGGAGUUUAUGAUUGAUAUGUUUUUUUCAGGGCUGUUUUAUGUGAAUUACAAUAGCUGUCAAGCUGUAAGGUUUGCAAUUGAUGGAUCUGAUUGGUGUUUUGUGGAUUCUUUUGUUGAGAGCCUUGUGUUACUUAGCCAAGCCAAUGCUAUAUCUUACUGA